AUGUCGUUAAUCACUAUCCAGUUAGGUCAAUGUGGCAACCAGAUUGGUGGUCAGUUUUACUCGACCGUUCUGCAGGACAUCCAGUCUAAGAACACACAAGUCUCUGCCAGGGCCAAUGAGCAGUACAUUGCGGAAUCGGUUGAAAGAUUUUUUGAAAAAAAGGCUGUCAAAGGUAAAGAUGAGGAAAUAUUUGAAGCACGGUCAGUGAUGAUCGAUAUGGAAACCAAGGUGAUUGCCCAGACCUGCCAACAGGCAGAGCGUAGUGGUCAGUGGCGCUAUCCUUCGGGUCAGCAGUUUUGCCAGAAAAGAGGCUCAGGGAAUAACUGGGCAAAUGGAUUUUGUUUUUAUGGUCCCCAGGCUGAGAAUAUUGUUAUGAACAUGAUUCAACGAGAGGCAGAGAAAUGUGAUCACCUUGGAGGCUUCAUCAUUCUAAUGAGUGUGGCUGGAGGUACAGGCUCUGGGGUGGGUGCCUACCUCACUCGCUGCAUUCGGGAAGCCUACCCAAAUGCAUUUAUCCUAAACCAAGUACUGCUAUCCAUUACACUACAACUAACAUUUACUCAUUUCUUUCUCCCUUUUUCUUUUCUUUCUUCUUUUCAUUCAUGCUUUCUUUCUUUCCUUUUUCUUUCCUUUUUCUUUUUUUUCCAUUCUUCUUUUCUCUCUUUUUUUUAUUUCUCUCUUUCUCCCUUUCUUUCUUUUAUUCUUUCUUUCUUUUAUUCUUUCUUUUAUUCUUUCUUUUAUUCUUUCUUUUAUUCUUUCUUUUAUUCUUUCUUUCUUUUAUUCUUUUCUUUUAUUCUUUCUUUCUUUUAUUCUUUCUUUCUUUUAUUCUUUCUUUUUUUUUCUUUCUCUUUCUUUUAUUCUUUCUUUUAUUCUCUCUUUCUUUUAUUCUCUCUUUCUUUUAUUCUCUCUUUCUUUUAUUCUCUCUUUCUUUUAUUCUCUCUUUCUUUUAUUCUCUCUUUCUUUUAUUCUCUCUUUCUUUUAUUCUCUCUUUCUUUUAUUCUCUCUUUCUUUUUUUAUUCUCUUUUUUUAUUUUCUCUUUUUUUUUUUAUUUUCUUUCUUUUCUUUCUCUUUUUUUUUUCUCUUUUUUAUUCUCUCUUUUUUUCUUUCUUUUAUUCUCUCUUUCUUUUAUUCUCUCUUUUCCUUUUCUUCCAUUCUUUAUUUCUCCCUUUCUUACUUUCUUUCUUUUUUCUUUUCUUCCAUUCUUUAUUUAAUUCUUUAUUUCUUCCAUUCUUUUUCUUUUAUUUCUUUCAUUCUUUCUUUUCUUUCUUUCUUUCAUUUUUUUUUUUUUUUUUUUUUCAUUCUUUCUUUCAACACAGAAAUUUUGUUGGUUCAUAA